AUGGAUCGCGACGAGAACACCACUUACUACGAAAAGCUCCUAAGGCAGCAGAAAUCACUUCUCGAAUCCGGCGAAUACUCAGACUUCACCAUCACCUGCGGAACGUCGACUUGGAAGGUCCACAAGGCCAUCAUAUGCCCAUGGUCAGGCUUCUUCUCUCGCGCCGUAAAAUUUGGAAAGGAGCAAGCGGAAGGGGCGAUCGACCUCCCAAAUGAUGAGCCAGCGAUCGUCAAAUACAUGCUUCAGUACAUGUACACAUCGGAGUAUGAGUUAGAUCCAGGCGCCGAUUCUGAAGAUUCGGACCAUUUCCAGGUGUAUCUAGACUGGAGCCAAGAUGGUCUAACGCGUGAGGUCCGGAGGCGGCUGCAAGACGGGAUAUUCUAUCUGAACCACGAGGGUAUGGCCAAGCUAGUAGCUCUAGUGAAUCGGAAGUAUCCUGACAAGCGACCGAAUCAAGUAAAGCGCCUCUGGCUUCAUUCCUCGGAGAUAGGACCUGAAUUCGCCGACGAGCUUCUCGCUAUUAUCGAAGAUCCGAAAUCGAAAGAAGGCGACAUGUUUCACGACGACCCGCCUGACGACGGCUUGUUGGCGCACGCAAAGGUAUAUAUCAUUGCCGACAAGUACGACAUUCACGGUUUACGGGAGUUCGCCCUGCACAAACUGCAAAAGGAUAUAGUUGACGUGCCUUUCGAUGCCGAGGUCAAGAUUAAGACGAUACACCACUUGAUGGAUAAUACCACAGACAGAGACGAGGCGAUCAGGACCUUGAUAGCGGAGGAGCUAUGCGGCGAUAUGGACUGGUUCGUAUCAAAGGAACUGGGUCUGAAUUCGCAAUCACAGCAGCUCAUUGCUUCCGCUGGCUACAAUUUCUUCUUCGUCCAAGGCAUUCCGUUCGUCCUACACAAGCCCGAUGACAGCAAUUACGGCAAGCGGAAUGUGCGUUGUCCGUGGGAUAGCGUGGAGCCAAUCCAACAGCUGCUCAAGGAAGUUCAGAGGGGCUCGAAGACAGAGAACAAGAUCCUGAAGAUUCAGAAUGUCCACGUUAACAGAAACAAGAACUUCAAGACUAAGAAGCACCGCCUUGAGACGAUCGAUAUGGAGCCUGUGGCGAAGCAAGACGUCUUAGGGUACAUGUUCUAUGGUCCUCCUGGCACCGGCAAGUCGUCCUUGUCACGAGCUAUCGCGAGCCACUAUGAUCUGGAGCUCUUCAUACUUGCGGAUAUGAAUGACACUUCACCCCAAGAUCGCUUUCACAGCCUACCCCACGAUGCAUUGUCCUGUUCGAAGAUAUUGACGCAGCAGGCAUAG